AUGGAGCUUCAACUAGGUCUUUCCCUUCCAACCUACAAUUUUAUCGAUAACUUUGACUUGAACAAUGAUGGGUUUGAGCCAAAAGAUCAGAUGCUUGGUUUGAAGCCAUGGAUCAGCUGUGAAGAUGGUAAUUACUUGGACAACAAACGUAGCUUUGAAGGAGCCUUUGGAAAGAAAAUCAAAGAUGCAUCUCAGGAAUUGCCUUUACUUUUAUGGAGUGGCCAGCCAAAUGAUGGAGAUGAUCAGGAUGGAGAAAAGAAAAUAUCCUGUAGCAUUAACAAGAAUGAUGGAGUGGAAAAUCAAGUUGUGGGAUGGCCACCUAUUAAGUCAUGGAGGAAGAAGGUGUUUCAUCACCAGCAUCAACGUGGUCAUAUGGUGAAUAGUAAUAGAAUGGCAACAGCUGGGAAUUAUGAAAAUGGUGCUGCUGGAUCAAACUCCAAGUAUGUAAAGGUGAAGAUGGAAGGAGUAGCAAUCACAAGAAAGAUUGAUUUAAGGCUCUACGACUCAUAUCAGACACUCACGAACUCCUUGAUUACCAUGUUUGCCAAAUGCCAAAAACUGGAAAAAGAUGCUGCUGCUGCACGUUACACACUGACAUACCAAGACAGAGAUGGGGACUGGCUGGUUGCAGGAGAUGUUCCAUGGCAGACUUUCAUUGAGUCUGUGCAGCGUUUAAAGAUAGUGAGGAAUGCUGGUUAA